UAAAAUAUGGUGGUCACAUUACGAUUUUGAAUUUAGUUCGUAUUCACAAUAGUGUUUCGACGCGGUGCGUGGCGGACGCGGCCAUUUUGUGGUUUAAUUUUUUUACGUCUCGAAGAAGGUUUUAGUGUUGUGAUAUAUUGGUUCUUAUUGAUGAUGAAUGCUAAUAGUUGACUAAGCGUAGGAUGAAAAUGGCGGACACAGAAGGACCUGUCACUGUCAGUGAUUUACCUAUCACUUUUCAAGUCAAAUAUUUAGGUCAAAGCGACGCACGAGGACUAUGGGGCAUCAAGCACACCAGGAAACCAGUGGACCUUAUGGUUGCAGCAGCUAAGGCAUUACCACCAGGUGAAAUGUUACCAAUCGUGAAGUUGACGAUCACAGUGGAAGGCGUCCAUCUGGAGACCCUCAACCACGGCACAAAACGGGAUGAAUUCGAACAUAUGACAGUAUUUUUUAACAUAGAAUCAAUAUCAUACGGCGUCCAAGACCUGGUCUACACCCGUGUCUUCUCGAUGAUAAUAGUCAAGGACAAUGCUGACGUUAAAGGGCUGAACCCAUUUGAGUGCCACGCCUUUGUCUGCGAAUCCAGGAAUUCCGCUCGUCGAUUGACGUAUUCACUUGCUGCUGCUUUCCAGGAUUACUCCAGACGAGUAAAAGAGAUGCAGACUACUACAACAGAACUGGAUGAGAGGCCGCCGAGUCAGAAACCAAAGAAACGUUUUGCCAUCGACUUGAGGACACCAGAAGAAAUUGAGGCUGAUUUGGAAACAGAGGCAUAAGCUUUCAUGAGCUGUAUGGAAUAGGUU